AACUACUUUAUCUCACUCGUUUCCUCGCCAUUACUCGUUACGGUGAAGCCCUUCCAUUUUAUCUACGACGGGUGUGGGAAAAUUUUUGCCGCUGAAGAGUUGGAGUUCCUUAUUGAUUCUCGGGUUUUGUUUGGAAUUGGUGAUUCUGUUCGGUGUUUCUAUCUGAGCUGAAGAUUAGGGUUUUGUAGCCAGUUUAGCCAAUGGCUCCUGGGCGUAAAAGAGGAGCGAACAAAGCCAUGGCUAUAGGAGCGCUGAGAUUGGGUGAUCUCGUUCUUGCUAAAGUCAAAGGCUUCCCUGCUUGGCCUGCUAAGAUCGGCCAGCCUGAAGAUUGGAAUCAAGCACCAGACCCAAAGAAACACUUUGUUCAGUUUUUCGGAACACAGGAAAUAGGUUUUGUUACGCCACCUGAUAUUCAACUCUUCACUAGCGAGGCAAAGAAUAAACUAUUAGCAAGAUGUCAAGGUAAAACAGUCAAGUACUUUUCACAAGCCGUGGAGGAAAUCUCUGCUGCGUUUGAAGAGUCGCAGAAUCACAAGUCAGAUAUAGUAGGCAAUGAGGCUCUUUUGAAUGCUGUUGAACCUAGUGUGACGAAGCCUAAGAUAUUGAAUCAAGCUAGUAGUGAUGGAAUAUCUGAUAAGUUUGAUUCUAGGGCGGAUCCUUGUCUCGGUAAAUUAGUUGAGAAUAAUGGUGCAGAGAAAAAGCCUGAUAUAGGAGAGCAAGAUUUAUCGAAAUCAAAUAACAGAACCCCAUCCCCAAGUAGUGAGCCAUUGGAGCAUGGAUCACCUGUAGCAGUUGUUGAUAAAAUUGGCGGUGUCACUUGCACUGACCAUAGUGAUGGUACGGGAAAGAAUUCGGUCAAUGAUCAGAGGAUAAUCAGGAAGAUAACAGGUGACUCGAAUAAAAGAUGUAAAGAUGUGCCUGAUAGUCGAGGCAAAAGUGUGCCUGAUAGUCGAGCUGCUACAGACAAUCAUCUCCUUGGUCCUAAUCAGAAAUUAAAGGGCAGAAAAAAGGGAGAAGAUCAUAGCAGUAGAAAAGAAUCUUUUGAUGACAUUGCCAGUUCUAAAAAGCCAAAAGAAUUGCUGAAAGAGAAACCUGUGAAGAAAAAGAGGUUUGAAAGUGAACUAGGAAAGUCUGCAUCAGGAGUAGAUGAAAGUAAACGUGCUGCUAAGAGGCCACGUUCUGAAGAUGCGAAAGGUCAAAAACAAUGUGAGAGCAACCGUCUUCUUCCUGUUGGUGAAGGCAAGGCUGAAGGAUCAGAUUCUACUGGCGUUGUAUCAAUUCUAAAGCGUGAGAUUGUGUUAGGGAUAAGUGCCCUGGGAGGAAAAAAUCAAUUUGAUAAGGACAUGGUCGCUUAUACAAAGCGCCGGAAACAGACAGUGGAGCACACAAGUGUUUCCUCUUUUUCUGGGUCUCUCGUUAAAGAGAAGACAGAUCACCCCGAACAGAAGAUAAGUUCAUCUUCUGAUAGCGAUGUGAAGGUUCAAUCGCAGCUGCCGAAGAGACGGAGGGCGGUAUGUAUCUAUGACGAUGAUGAUGAUGAAGACCCAAAGACUCCAGUGCAUGGAGGACAUAGCGAUAUUCCCAAAGCUAAUUUAGCUUCUACUGAUGGUCCUAAAAGUACUAAUGCGUCCCAUAAUACUUCUAUUAAAGCAAAGCUAUUAGCUGGAUCUGCAGAAAGUGCGAAAACAGGGAAAAUACCUCUGUAUAAACAUAACAAGGAUGCUUCACUUGCACUACCUGAUAGGGUGGAGGGGUAUAACUCGCCUAUGGGAAAACCGGUCAAGGCGUUGCUCCCAAAGAAUAUCAAGCCGAUCUUGAGAUCUCCUAAGAAUUCCUAUCAGCUGGUUUCAUUUAAGAAACAGGUGACAGGACAAAAUAAAACUGCAAAAGUCUCUGGUGCAGGAAUGCCAGAUAGCGUGGAGGGCCCUUCAAACAGCUCCUCUAUGGGAAAACCAGUCAUCAAGUUACCUCCACAGAAUGUCAAGCAGAUCUUGAGAUCUCCUAAGAAGUCCCCGCAGUUAUUUUCAACUAUGGAGCUGGUGGCAGGACACAAUAAAAUUGGAAAAGUCUCUGGUGCGGGGAUGCCAAAAAAAUAUCAAGGUGAUUCUACCAAGGACGCAGUGGCUGGUUCUGAUAGAGUAAGCUCUUCUCAUUCUCAGACAGCAAAUCAGAGAAGCAAACCAGCUUUUGGGGAAAAGCCAACAUGCACUCCGAAAGUUGCAACUCGUCUGGACGAUGUUGAAGUGUCAAGGGACACUUCUGUGAACUUGUCUGCUGACGUGAUUGAUGUCAAUCAAGAAAAUGGAAGUGCCCCAUUGAUCAGUUUUGGGAUGCCAGAUUCUUCAUCAUCUAUGAAGGAUCUAAUCGCAGCUGCCCAAGCAAAAAGAAAACAAGCACAUUCACAUACUUCACCGUUUGUGAAUCUAGACCAUAAUUCCCUUACCAUCGAUUCAAUGCAGACGAGCCAAAGCCCUUUCAUGGUUCAAAAUGUUUCAUCUUCUGCUGGCGAUGCCAUGGUGAUUGUUGCUCAGGAACAUCAAGAAGAUUCGACUCCUUCAAAUCAUGGCCGCCAGUCCUCAUCAAGUAACCAAGCUGGGACUGAAGAGAACGAAGAGAGAAGGUUUAGUUCAGGGCAUAGGUCAGUUGGUGGUUCACUGAGUGGUGCCACUGAGGCUGCGAUAACUCGAGAUACUUUUGAGGGAAUGAUAGAGACUUUAUCCAGAACUAAGGAAAGUAUUAGACGUGCAACACGCCUGGCAAUUGAUUGUGCCAAGUAUGGGAUUGCCAGUGAGGUUGUGGAACUUCUCAUUCGAAAGUUGGAAAUUGAGCCUCAUUUCCCCCGAAAAGUGGACCUGUUCUUUCUUCUUGAUUCGAUCAUCCAGUGUUCCCAUAGCCAAAAAGGUAGAGCCGGCUCUUCGUAUAUUCCUACUGUUCAGGCAGCCCUUCCACGCCUUCUAGGUGCUGCUGCUCCUCCAGGGACUGGUGCUCGUGAAAAUCGUCAUCAAUGUCGCAAGGUGUUGAGGUUGUGGCUUAAGAGGAAGAUUUUCCCAGAUUCUCUUUUGCGUCGUUAUAUUGGUGAUCUUGGUGCUUCUGGUGAUGAUAAAACCGUUGGGUUUUCCCUACGACGUCCUUCUAGAUCUGAGCGUGCUGUAGAUGAUCCUCUAAGGGACAUGGAAGGAAUGCUUGUCGACGAGUAUGGGAGCAAUGCAAGUUUUCAGCUGCCGGGGUAUUUAUCUUCUCACACUUUUGGAGAUGAUGAAGAAGAUGAGGAUCUUCCAAGCACAUCACAGGAAGUUAAACACACACAUAUGGAAGAGCCAGUCCAUGCUUUAGGCAAGUUAGAGGCACAUGGUAGUUCGAGUGAUAAACCUCACUGUGUAGUGGAUGUCAAUGGUGGGCUUGAAAUGAAAGAUGCGUCUUGUCAGCUUAAAGAUGAUAUCUGUGGGAUUGAAGCGAAGGAGGACUCACCGGCUGCAACCUGUGCAACUAAGCUUCCUUCUUUUCCCGCGGGUUCUCCUCCUCUACCUCACGAAUCGCCUCCAUCUCCCCCUCCUCUACCUCCUUCUUCCCCCCCACCUCCAUCAUCUCCACCGCAGCUGCCACCAGCGCCACCUCCCUCUGAGCAUUGUUUACCUCCACCAGCAGCUCCAUUGGCACCUGCACAAUCGUUAGCUCUACCACCAUCAUCAAUAACUCGACCGUCCAUGCCUAGCCAUCCUUCAUUACCACUUCAACCAGGAUUCGCUCCCCCAGCAUAUCCAUUAUUGCAACAUGAAUACCAGAUAUCUAUGCAGCGGGAUCAUUCUAGCAUUGCCACUAGUAAUCAAAUUGUCCAAGUGCCCAUAAACAGUGCACAUGGAAGGCAUGCUGAUGGGGGUGUAAAAUCUGAAUAUUUAUUACCGCAGUCAUCUUGUUUUGCUCCGGUGCUUUUUAAACAUGAAGCGUCUUCACAGAACCAACAGCUUCGGCCAAUCAAUACCUCUUUUCUUCAGAGACCUAUGAUUAGGAAUCUCGCCCCAGCACCAUCCAGCCAUUUUCCGCUUCCAUGUAGGGUUGUUCAAUCAGAACCCCAGCGGUCCUCUUUUCCACAUCCUUACCCUUUUCCUUCCCAGCCAGUUGAUGGGCGACAACAUAUGAAUGAGGAAGCAUGGCGGAUGCCUUCAAAUGGAUGUAAUGCAGAUACUCAAUAUGGAGCCUGGAUAAGUGGAAGAAACCCAUUUCCAGGCUCUCUUACAGUUACCGACGGUUUCUUUCAGCCACCUCCAGAAAGACCUCCUUCGGGGACUAUGAGCUAUCAGCUUGCUGCUAAUAACUUACAAGGUGGCCCUACGAUUUCAGGUAAUAUAGCUUCGCAGAUGCUUCCGUCUCGGCCAGACGUACCUUCCACGGCUCGGUGGAGGCCGUCCUGAAGUUAAGUUCGAAAUAGAGAACCUGCAUUCUCUUCCAUGAAGGACUUUUUUGGCGGUAUAUUCACAUCCAGAGGCAUCAAACGUUCAAAACUCUGCAGACUAUUGUCAGGAUAUUGCUAUAUAUUGUAAUUGUUCCUGACGAAUGUAUCACCGGAUCAUAUUCUUCACAGUAUAUGCCCUAGUUUCUAAUUUGGUUGUCUAGCCUGAAAGCCUUAGCAGGAACAAUGACGCAUGCAUUUCUAAACAAUUGCGACUCCAUGGAGCCGGUUUUACAAGAAUAUUCGUAUCGAUAUCUUGCGCACUGCUUAUCGGAAGUUUGUUGAGGACUUGAGGUUUACACGUUUAGACCCGGAGUGGUGGAGAUGAACGUCCUGGUUGGACCAAGUUUAGGCGUAAAUCUCGAGGGUAUUGGGAGAUUUUGUGGAACCGGAGAGUUCCAAAGUGAUUGGGAACUAAGUCAGGCUUAGAAGCUUAUGAUUGGUUCUCUGAAGUCUGCAGGUUAGGUUUUUCUUUCGCAUUCUCUUUGAAAGGCACAGUGUGUCGAAGAUUCACCAUUUAGUAAACAAAUACUCUUUUGAGCUUUUUUUUCUGGUUAAAAUGAUUUUGAAUAAAAAGCAUUGAGCUGA